AUGGUCAAGUUUCUGCUGCUGGCUUUGGUAUUUGGUCUGGCUCAUGCUCAUAAUCAGGUGAGUGGAAAAUGGAGAUCAUCUGCCCUUAUUGCUGACCGGGCUGCAAAGAUAGAGAAGGGAGCAUCACUGAGAUUGUACCUUCGUGAAAUUCUUUGUAAUGAGGAUGGUAGUGAAAUGGAAGUCACAUUUUAUGUCAAGGCAAAUGGCCAAUGCUCAAAGACCAAAGUCAUUGGGUAUAAGCAAGAAGAUGGCACCUACAGAACCCAAUAUGAAGGUGACAAUCAUUAUCAGCCAGUAACACAUCUAACAGAAGAGCAUGCAGUCUUUACGAGUAAGAAUGUGGAUAGAGCUGGCAGAGAAACAAACUUGAUUUUUGUUCUUGGAAAAGGUAAGCCUUUGACUGAAGAAGAACGUAAAAAACUUAAGGAAUAUGCUGAGGAACAUGGCAUUCCACAAGAAAACAUUCGAGAACUUUUGCCUACAGCUGUGAUUGUGAUUUGUGCUUGA